AUGUCCGCACCCCUCAUCCUGCUCCCGGGUGAUGAGGUGCCCAGUGAUGUUCUGCCAUCCAACAACUCGAAUCCUCUCAAAUUAGGCCCAGGCCUUCGCCUUCUGUCGCAGCCGUCAUCCAAGUCUAAAUCCACAACCCAUGUCCUGACAGCGACUCAGGCUGGCCUCGUGACGACCGAUGCCAAGCGAAACACAGUCUCCCUCCUCUCGUUUUCCAAUCGCCGAUACAUCCCCACUGUCAACGACCUCGUUAUUGCUCAAAUCCACCACUCGAGCGUCGACUACUUCCACUGCAUGGUGACGCCGCACACAGCACACGCCCUUCUAGGCCAAUUGUCUUUUGAGGGUGCUACAAAGAAAACACGGCCGAUGCUCAAGCAGGGUGAACUAGUCUAUGCGCGCGUUCUGUCCAUCGGCGUCGGCGCAGGCGCAGAGGUCGAGCUUACUUGUGUGAACCCGGCCACUGGAAAGUCAGACCCCGGUGGACUGGGGCCUCUCGUUGGAGGCAUGGUAUUCGACGUGUCCACUGGUAUGGCAGCUCGGUUGCUUCGCGCUAGCUCCUCUUCAUCUGAGCAAAGCGAUACCAUCGAUGGACUUGCGGUCCUUUCCGAGCUUGGAAAGAAACUCGAGAGUCUGGGAGGAUUCGAGCUUGCCGUCGGUCGCAAUGGCAAGGUCUGGGUCGAUUGCUCUAAUGCUGGCGACAGUGCGAUUAAAGCCACAAUUGCAAUUGGGCGCUGCCUGCAGACUACGGAUGAGAAGAGCUUGAACCCUGCGGAUCAGAAGAAGCUAGUCACGAGAAUUUUGCGUGAGAUGAACCUGGCGUCAUGA